AGUUUCAAAGAUCAUGUGCCUCAUUCCAGUAAUGUUUCAUUUUAUUUGGUUGCCUUACUGACUGAAGAGUCAGCAAAUAAAUCAUGACAUUGUUUACAGGAAAGCCCAGAGAAUAAAGUCUUUUGCAGUGUUUGGGGAGCUGAACACAGAUUUUUGGUGCAGAAGAACUGCAAACUGGUUGACGCGCUAUGAAGAGCUGGCUGGUCUGCAUUGGCCCCCUUCUCCUGUGGGCAUGCUGUGCUUCUCAAAGGAUGUGUGAAGAACCCCCUGAUAUUGAGUUUGGGACCCUUGUGAGUGAUGUGAAAGCCACAUAUCUGGCAAGUGACAGAGUACAGUACAGCUGCAAUCCUGGAUACACCUUGGAAGGGUCUGAAUGGAUCACAUGCCAAGGAGGGAAAUGGUCCCCUCCACCCAAGUGUUUAGCACCUUGCAGCAUCAGAAGACAAGAGCUGGAUGGAAAGCACCUGCUUUUGUCUGGUGGCCGCAGUCGAUCACGGUUCCUUCAAAAUGGCCAGACGUUGGAAUUCCUGUGCCGGGACGGCUAUGUGCUCACUCCUCCUUCCAUCAGGAAGUGCGUUGAUGGGCACAUGGAUUUGCCAUGGUGUAUCUCUGAAGGAGGAAAGAACUGCAGCCGUCCUCCCACUCUUGAGAAUGGAGACAUUAUCAGCUCAUCUCAGGAGUGGUAUCCGUCUGGUUCAUCUGUAGAAUUCAAAUGCCAAUGGUAUUAUGCCAUGGAAGGGCCGAACAAGUCUUUUUGCGACAAUGGGAGCUGGACGAAAAAGCCCGCUUGCUUAGAGUCAUGUACAAUCUCAUUGGCAGAAAUGCAAAGGCAGAAGAUAGAGGUGAAAGGGGAAAUAGAUGAAAAUGAAUCCCAGAAUAUUUUUGUGCCACGUGGCCAUUCUGCUGAGCUUGCCUGUGAAUCAGGAUAUGCCCUUGCAAGCGAUCCUUCCCAAGCUGCCUUUGUCAUCCAGUGUGAUGGAAAACCGGUUGUGCUACCUGAAUGCAAAGGUAACGCACGAUGCCACAAAAAGAGCAUUUGAAACUGGGCUUCCAGCUGCCAUAGACAAAGGUGUCUUUGCUGAACAGCAUCUUGGUGGAAAUUUCCAUGUGAGUCUGACAGAUUUUUCAUGUUG